AGCUUCGUCAUGCCUGAACCACCAAAAUCCGCCCCCAAGAAGGGUUCCAAGAAAGCCGUCGUCAAGUCCACCAGCAAGACCGGCAAGAAGAGGAGAAAGACCAGGAAGGAGAGUUAUGCUAUCUACGUGUACAAGGUCCUGAAGCAGGUUCACCCCGACACCGGGAUCUCCUCCAAGGCUAUGGGCAUCAUGAACUCCUUCGUGAGUGAUAUCUUUGAGCGUAUCGCCGGGGAAGCUUCCCGUUUGGCUCACUACAACAAGCGCUCCACCAUCACCUCCAGGGAGAUCCAGACCGCUGUCCGUCUGCUGCUACCCGGAGAGCUGGCUAAGCACGCCGUGUCUGAGGGCACCAAGGCUGUCACUAAGUACACCAGCUCCAAGUAAACCUGCUGAUUUAUCAGCCACAAAAAGGUCCUUUUAAGGGCCACCCACUUGACCUACUAGGAGCAGGAAUCCUGAAAGUGUCUGAAAGUUUUACUUUC